GUCAGCAAGUAGUGCAGUUUGUCUCUAAUUGAACUUCGCAAAAGCAAUCAACAAGAACUCGUUAGCAGUUGCUUGCUGUUUUUUGGGGGGUUUUAGCCUUCUUUAGACUGCUUCGUGCACUCAGUGGCCCCCUGGCCAGUACAGUUACACAUUGUAAAGUUAUUCAUGGAGCAGCUCAGAGAACACUGGAUCCGUAUAAGAGGACUAAAGUUCGGGUGCCUGUGACGCCUUGAAGCAUGGUGCUUUUGGAGAACUAUUUCAGAGUGAGGAAGAACACCGAUUCUGCUUAAAGAAAGGGACAGAAAGUGGUUUUGUAUGCAUAAGGUGUCGCAGUCGUCUGCACGAACUUUUGUGUGAACUUGGUGACUUCUAUUUGAAAUAGUUUCUUGGGACUGAGAUGACCUCCAGUACUAAAGACAUGAAGGCGGGUUCCGUUUUACAGUCCAGCGGCGAGGAGAGGCGGCGCGGUCCCUUGGACCAACUCCCACCUCCGGCAAAUUCCAACAAGCCUCUCACCCCGUUCAGCAUUGAGGAUAUUUUAAAUAAACCCUCAGUGAAGAAGUCGGUCGGUACUCUGUGCGCUCCGCGGGUGCUGGCGAAAGUGACCGGCUCGAGUGCUACUCGGAACGGGAUAAGCGCUCCCUCUUCUCCGUUAUGCGCUCUGGAGGAACUGGCAAGCAAAACAUUUAAAGGUCUAGAAGUCAGCGUUAUACAAGCUGCAGAAGGUCGCGAACAUCUCAACGCCUUCGGUCAAAGACAAGCCUCCAAAAAACGACGAAAGUCCCGCACAGCGUUCACAAACCACCAGAUUUACGAGUUGGAAAAGCGCUUUUUGUACCAGAAAUACCUGUCACCGGCCGACAGAGACCAGAUCGCACAGCAGCUGGGUCUGACCAACGCGCAGGUCAUCACCUGGUUCCAGAACCGACGGGCCAAGCUCAAGAGAGACCUGGAGGAGAUGAAAGCGGACGUGGAGUCUCUCAAGAAAAUCCCACCGCAGACACUGCAGAAACUGGUGACCAUGGAGGACACGGAAGACCCCCAUGGUGGCUCUGGGCCUAUUUCUCCCAGUCUUUCCCCGGGGGCCUUUCCACAGUCCCCGUCCUCAUCCAGAGGCCAAACCACAGACGAGUUCUCAGAGGAGGACGAGGAAAUUGAGGUGGACGAUUAAAAAAAAAAAAAAAACAGGCCCUUGUUUUCAGAAAAGGGUAUUUUACACAACUUUUGCACGGACUUAUGAGCGGAAGAACUUAAAAUGCAAGGAAAGUUUUCUGUCUCCCAUAUUUUUAAUUUAUUGAAUGGAUUGUAAAACCUCCGCAUUCUGAUGUCCACAUUGAAGACAUGGUUUAAGGAACACGUUGAUAGAUAAAUGGUACAGUAUCCAGACAGUGACAUGUGUAUGUACAGUGAUUUAUUUGGCCACUUGAUUUUCGAAGGACACGUGAGCAGUCGUUUACACCGUUCAACACACAUUUAUGACCGCUGUAAAACUAUAUGCCAAAAGCGAUUUCAAUUAAAAAUUCAGUUAUAUACAUAUAUAUAAAUAAUUCCAGAAUACAAGGCCCUCAAAGUGCGUGGAGACAUUUUCCAUAUUUUUAUGUUAAAUAUCCUGGCACAAUUCCUUUGAUUACAUGCAUUAUUAUCACAUUAUAAAAAAUGAGCGUUUAUGUCCAAAACGAUGCAAGGGCAAGAUUGUGUAUAUAACAAG